CCGCACGGAGACCGACAGGUGGCGAGGACAAAGGCGGAGAGCAGCCGCGUCGGGGCGUACGCGUCGGGGCGGGGCCUCGGGCUGCGUCCGGGGCGGGGCCUCGACUGUCCGGUCCUCCCUCGGGUCGCGGGCAUCUCGCGCAGGCGUCCAUGGCUCGUCCGCGUGUGCGGCUGGUGGUCACUGCGGACGACUUUGGCUACUGCCCGCGGCGCGAUGAGGGCAUCGUGGAGGCCUUCCUGGCGGGGGCCGUGACCAGCGUGUCCCUGCUGGUCAACGGCGCGGCCGCAGAGAGCGCGGCGGAGCUGGCCCGCAGGCACCAAAUCCCCACGGGCCUCCACGCCAACUUGUCCGAGGGCCGACCGGUGGGCCCGGCCCGCCACGGCCCCUCGUCUCUGCUCAGCCCCGAAGGCUUCUUCCUCGGCAAGAUGGGAUUCCGGGAGGCGGUGGCUGCCGGAGACGUGGCCUUGCCCCAGGUGCGGGAAGAGCUGGAGUCCCAGCUGAGCCGCUUCCGGGAAUUACUGGGCAGGGACCCCACGCACGUGGACGGGCACCAGCAUGUACACGUGCUCCCAGGUGUAUGCCAGGUGUUCGCAGAGGCGUUGCAGGCCUACAGGGUGCGCUUCACACGCCUGCCUAUGGAGAGAGGGGUGGGCGGCUGCGUGUGGCUGGAGGCCCCUGCGCGCGCCUUUGCCAGCUCCGUGGAGCGCGACGCCCAGGCCGCCGUGGGCCUCUUCUCCCACCACGGACUACGGUGGACGGAUGCCUUCGUGGGCCUGAGCACCUGUGGCCGGCACAUGUCAGCUCACCACGUGUCAGGGGCGCUAGCACGGGCCCUGGAAGGUAUACCCACAGACUAUGCCCUGACAGCCGAGCUGAUGGCUCACCCCGGCUACCCCAGCGUGCCUCCCGAUGGGGGCUGCGGAGAGGGCCCAGACGCCUUUUCCUGCUCUUGGGAACGGCUGCAUGAGCUUCGGGUCCUCACCGCGCCCACACUGCGGGCCCGGCUUGCUCAGGACGGUGUGCAACUCUGCACCCUCCAAGAGCUAGACUACAAGAGACCCGGAGAGGGGAUCCCUGGUGAAGCCCCUCCUGAGACCUUCGUGGAGCCCUCCCCACUGUGCCCCUGACGACCAAGUGUUAAUGUCUGUCCCUUAGUGUGCAGAAAGGAGGCCAUGGUCUUGCCCUGGGACAGCCUGGAAGCAGACCCGGAGGGGGUUCUGUGACUUCCCUGGGCAGGCACUGUGCUCAGGUCCUCACGGCUCAGUGGCAGCCAGAGCUUUGGGAACCUCUGUUGGGUACAGGUGGACCAGCCUGUGACAUCUGGGCCUAGGGCCAGCCAAGCAUUUGGUGCCCUUCGUAUUGCUAUGUAGUCAUCUUCCUUGAGGUGUAGUGAAGAAAGAUGACUGUAUUAAUAAAAUAUAACAUACGUGUAUUAUAAAGUUGGGUGAUUU